AUGCAGGAGGCAGAGAAGCCAACGCCUUCUUCUGAAGAGAACAUAGACCUUGGGGAGAUAAUAGCUGAUCUUAAAGGAGGAGAAAUCAAUGAAUUCGCUGUCAUCAUAGAGGGUGAAGAAAAGACCACUUGGUUUGUCUGGAUUUUGGUAGCUUGUGCCUCGAUUUCGGGUCUGCUUUUCGGAUAUGAUACCGGUGUGAUAUCAGGCGCGCUAGUGACAAUUGGCGAAGACCUCACUCGGGGGAAACAGCUAACGGAUGGUCAAAAAGAGUUUAUUACUUCUGCUACGACCCUUGGUGCAUUGAUAGGUGGAUUGUUCGCCGGUGUGAUAUCCGAUUGGAGUGGUCGUAAGCUAGUCCUUGCAGUUGCGGACGUUAUAUUCAUAGCGGGGGCUAUCGUGCAAUGCGUGUGCCAUGACGUUUGGACCAUGAUUGGCGGACGUUUUCUCAUCGGUAUAGGAGUUGGACUUGCAUCAUGUAUUGCUCCUCUAUAUAUUCAAGAACUGGCACCUACUCGACUCCGUGGACGGUUAGUAGUGUUGAAUGUAGUCAUGAUUACCCUCGGUCAAGUUAUCGCGUACGGUAUCGACGCUGGUUUCGAGAAUGUUAAUGGAGGUUGGCGGUGGAUGGUUGGACUAAGCUGCAUCCCUGCAGGAAUACAAUUCGUCAUCCUGUUUUUCCUUCCAGAGAGCCCUCGUAUACUUCUACGAAGAGGAAGAAUUGACACCGUCAGGCGCGUUAUGACCAGAAUUUAUGCUACGGCUACUCCCCGGGAUCUCGAGAUGAAGGUUAAGGUACUGCAAGCAUCGGUUCAGCAGAGCAUUGAGAUAUCCGAAACCACCACUUUCUUCCAACGUAUACAACGUCUAUUCUCCGAGGGGAUCAAUCGUCGCGCCCUCAUUAUUGGCUGUGGGAUGCAAGCGUUCCAGCAACUCUGCGGCUUCAACACAUUAAUGUACUAUUCAGCUACUUUGUUCCAAGAAAUUGGUUUCAAUCAGCCGACUGCAGUCAGCCUUAUCGUGUCUGGUACCAACUUCAUUUUCACGCUCGUCGCUCUCAAAUGGAUAGAUCAAAUUGGAAGAAGGAAAAUCAUGCUCUGGAGUGCACCGGGUAUGAUAUUCGGUUUGACUCUUGCUAGUAUUGCCUUCCACUACAUGACCAGGAAAACUGCUGGAGUCCUUGUUGAAAACACUGCCUAUCCCGAUUCGUGGGCCGAUAUCGUACUACUGUCGAUGAUCAUCUUUGUUGCAUCGUAUGCUACUGGAAUUGGGAACGUACCAUGGCAACAAGGCGAACUUUUCAGUCUCGAUGUUCGAGGCAUAGGAACUUCCAUUGCUACUGCUACCAACUGGGCAGCGAAUUUACUCAUAAAUUCUACAUACUUAUCGCUCAUGGCCAAAAUUACACCUGCCGGUGCCUUCGGAUUCUAUGCAGGUCUUUGCCUCCUCGGAUGGCUCUUUGUAAUAUUUUGCUACCCUGAGACCGCUGGUUUAAGUCUCGAGGAAGUGAUGAUGAUAUUUCGGUCUGGAUUUGGACUCAAGGAAAGUCAGCGGUUGAGAGCAGAGAAACAACAAAUUAAGAUUCGCGCAAAUACAAUGAUAGCCAGCACCGAGCCACAGGAGGAGGAGAAGUCGGAUCGAAGCGUUUGA